UUACAAUUUCCGUGCCCGUACAUCUGUUCACUACAAACUUGCGAGCCAAAAACUUUUCUGUUUGACCAAUCAUUCAGCAGUAGUGGAUUUUUAGACCGAUUGUGCUGCCGAUUAGACCAAUUGGAGUUUUUUGCUAACUUAAAUCGAUAUCAUUGAAUCUGUCACCUCAAGACACAGCCACAAUGAACACGGGGGUGUGCAGUGGGGAUAUCAUGAUCCUGGCGGGUAAUUCCCACCCGACCCUGGCCCAGCUUAUCGCCGAAAAGCUGGACCGCAAGCUUGUCGAGGCCCAGAUUGGCAAGUUCGCCAACCGCGAGACGCAGCUGGAGAUUAUGCACUCGCUGCGGGACAGGGACGUGUACAUUCUGCAGACGGGAGGAAACAUGGACGUCAACAACUCCAUCAUGGAGCUGCUGGUCAUGGCGUACGCCUGCAAGACGUCGUCGGCGCGCAACAUCAUCGGCGUUAUCCCGUACCUGCCGUACAGCAAGCAGUCCAAGAUGCGGAAGCGGGGCUGCAUCGUGUCCAAGCUGCUGGCGAAGAUGAUGUGCAAGGCAGGACUAACGCACAUCAUCACCAUGGACCUGCACCAGAAGGAGAUCCAGGGCUUCUUCGACUGUCCGGUGGACAAUCUGCGCGCCUCGCCGUUUCUGCUGAACUACAUCCGGGAACAGAUUCCGGACUACCGCAACGCCGUGAUCGUCGCCAAGGACCCGGCCUCCUGCAAGCGCGCCACGUCUUACGCCGAGCGCCUGCGUCUCGGCAUUGCGGUCAUCCACGGCGAGGCGAAGACGCCCGACGACGAGGACGACGUGGACGCCGACGACGGGCGCACCUCGCCGCCGCCCGAGCCGCCGGCGCGCCACCAGGGCCGGCUCCACUCUUCCGUCUCGAUGUCGGGCGAAGUGGACCCGUCUCGGAUCAUGACCGCGGGCGUGACGGGCGUGCCCAUGCAAGCGGCCAAGGAGAAGCCGCCCAUUUCGGUGGUAGGAGACGUUGGUGGCAGGAUCGCCAUCAUGGUGGACGACAUGAUCGACGACGUGCGCUCGUUCGUGGCGGCGGCGGAGAUGCUGAAAGAGCGCGGCGCCUACAAGAUCUACGUGCUGGCCACCCACGGCCUGCUGUCGGCUGACGCGCCGCGCCUCAUCGAGGAGUCGGCCAUAGACGAGGUGGUAGUCACCAACACGGUGCCGCACGACGUGCAGAAGAUCCACUGCCACAAGAUCAAGACGGUGGACGUCAGUAUCCUGCUGGCCGAGGCCAUCCGCCGCCUGCACAACAAGGAAAGCCUCAGCUACCUCUUCCGCAACAUCACCACGGAAGACUAGGCGACGCUGGGCACCCCUCCCCC